CACUAUUUUAUAGGGAAAGGUGUUAAAAUUUCUUCGAACAAUGUCGUUUAUGUAUUAAGACAGAAGAAACUGAAAACUUUCAAAUGAUUCUACCUAUUAAUUCAGCUUACUAUAAUAAGUAGGAAACGUGACUUGAAAAAAAAGCGUAAAUUCUAUCGGAAACUUAGGUUAGAUAUAUCAGUGCAGCAUGUCGAAGCAACAAACGUAAUAUCCGGUAUUGACCCUAACAAUUAUCACGACGAUCGAACGUGGAAUAUUAUAUUCGAUCGAAAAACGGAGCUUAAAUCAGAUUUGUGCAUUUGUCGACAUGGCGCAUAACAUCGCGAUUCUUUCCGUGAUUCCUAGGUUAUCUUACCAUGUCCAAACGCAACUUCCGAGCUUAACGAUAUUUGACGUAUCGCCAGAUAAAUCUGACACGAUAGCGAAAUUAAAAGACGCGGAAGUACUGUUAACAGAUACCGACCUGUUUGUAUCACACAUAGAUAAGUUACCGUCUUUGAAAUGGGUGCAAACGACAUGGGCUGGUGUCAAUACCCUGUUCCCAGCUCUGAGAGAUAAAAAAUUAGAUUAUACCAUUACACGUUUUUCGGAUACAAGCUUCGGUUUAGCUAUGUCAGAAUAUGUGAUAGCGCAUAUUUUUAAUUUCGAGCGCGAUCAGGCGCGGCAGUAUCAGAAUCAAAAUAAUUGUCGAUGGAUACGGGAUGGGAAGAUCUCUGAUCACAGAUUAAUAUGCGACUUGACCAUCGGUAUCUUAGGCUUAGGGAACAUCGGAAAGUCAAUUGCACAACGAUUAAAAGCGUUAGCGGCGACUGUCUGGGGUAUCACAAGAACACCGCUUAAGGAGAAUUUGGAUUAUCUCGAUGAACACAGGACGAUUGACUGUUUGCCUGAUAUGCUGAUGAACAGCGAUUACAUUGUUAACGUUUUACCAUCAACGCCCAAUACUUCUGGUUUACUCAACGGGGACAUGUUAAAAAAUUGUAAAACUCGAGGCAGUGUUUUUAUUAAUGUAGGUCGUGGUACGAUCAUUAAAGAGGCGGAUUUGGUAAAUGCUCUUGAGCAAUUCUGGAUAUCGGGGGCAAUUCUGGAUGUUUUCGAAGAAGAACCAUUACCAAACGAAAGUAAAUUAUGGACGUUGCCACAGGUGACCAUUACACCUCACAUCUCAGGUGUAACGCGCGGUCAAGAUGUCGCAAAGUUCUUUGCGGAAAAUUAUCAAAAGUAUAUCAAAGGAGAACAGUUACUAAACGAAGUAGAUUUAGAACGAGGCUAUUAAGUACUCAAUAAAGAAAAAUGAAUCAUGUGAGAGUAUCGUUUGAUGCAAUAUAAACGUAAUUUCUAUUUUACAAAUAUAAAAAUAAUUAUUUGAAUAAUUUAUAU